AUGACAUCGGGGUACGACGACAGGCUGGGGUCAGUCCCUGAGGCUCUGAUCCUUACCCAUGCUUCCAUAUUCUCCCUGCCCUAUGAACACGAAGGGGAUGGCCUGGUGGCCCGCUCGCUGGCGCGCCUGCCAGUGGCCGCGCAACCCCCGCAGGCGGCGGUUCGCAGCGGCGCAGGGGACUACCUGCUGGGCCUCAAAAGACUGCGGCGGCUCUACUGCAACGUGGGCAUCGGAUUCCACCUGCAGGUGCUGCCCGACGGCCGCAUCGGCGGCGUGCACGCAGACACCGGCGACAGCCUUCUGGAGCUCUCCCCGGUGCAGCGGGGCGUGGUGAGCAUCUUCGGAGUGGCCAGCCGGUUCUUCGUAGCCAUGAGCAGCAGGGGCAAGCUCUUCGGUGUGCCUUUCUUUACCGAUGAGUGUAAAUUCAAAGAGAUUCUUCUGCCCAACAAUUACAACGCUUACGAAUCCUACGCUCAUCCCGGCAUGUUCAUGGCCCUCAGUAAGAACGGGCGGACCAAGAAAGGAAACCGAGUGUCACCUACCAUGAAGGUAACCCACUUCCUUCCUAGACUGUGA